AUGGCUAUUCGGUUCAAGGCAGCGACCUCGCUGUCAGUAAUCCUUUUUGUGGCAUUUGCUCUCGAGCUCUUAGCUGUGCUAUCAGUACCCCUGACAUCUAAAAUCACACUUUCGACGUUUGAAAAUUAUCGUUUUGGAGUUUUUGGAUAUUGUAAUACUGAUACGAAUACCUGUACGAAGGCCAGUAUUGGUUAUAAUAUUUCAGAAAGUGAUAACAAAUUUAGACUUCCUUCAAGUGCAAGACGAAGUCUGUCCAAUUUGUUGAUUGUUCAUGUGGUAGCAGCGGGUCUCACGUUUAUCCUUUUUAUCUGUGCUUUACUCGCACAUGUUCAUGGUCCAGGGUCUUCGCAAAGAUACUUGCUAUGCAUGUUAAUUCUGUCUUUGCCAUCAUUUUUGAUUUCUUUAUUGGCCUUUUUGGUUGAUAUUCUUCUUUUUGUGUCUCAUAUGGACUGGGGAGGAUGGAUCAUGCUUGCUGCUACUGUAUUGACAGCUCUCUCAGGUAUUAUACUGUGUCUUAUGAGACGUACUCUUUCCUCGCAAAAGGCUAUGAAACGCCGAGCUAAUGCCAAUGCAAAUGCCGAAUUACAAGAUUUCUCGUUCUCGCCCACCAAGUUCCAGGAUGAAUCGUUUCCUGCUGUCUCUUCUCGUCCAUAUUCCGAAAUCAAAUUCCAACCUACAACUAUUUCCAGCGAGGAUAAUGUACCUCUUAAUCGAACUGAAACUGAUAGGGCUGGCGACUACUCUUUCAACUCUGUUGCUAAUGAUUCGUCGUCCUAUGUCCAUGACAGAACCCCAUCGCCAUCUCGUGAGUAUAGACACGGUACGGGCUUUCCUUAUCGCAGUGGCUAUACACAAGCUGGUGAUGGGUUGUCCAACCAAUUGGAGUUUAUUUCUCCUCAAGCUGUGUCAAACACGCCGAGCAGAUACAAUCGUCCCCAAAUGGACACAUCAUCUUCCACGCCUACUCGGCCACCUGUUGCUCACCCACAGGUUAUUCCUGCUGGUACCUAUAUGCCAGGAGUCGAGGAUACAUCUGAUUCAAACUAUCCUCCUAAUGUUGUACCUCUACCAAGAAUCAGGGAAGUGCAACAACAACAGCCACAAAUUCACCAAAGGGAUGCGCAGGCUGGUGAUAAUGGCACAUACUUUCAACAAGUGCAACCACAAGCUGUAUACAGAGAGUACCCUCAAGGUACACCUAAUGAGGGGUCUCUUGCUCCAACACAGCAUACUCCUGUGAACGAGGGAGGUACCGUGUAUAACAGUGGCAGCAUACGACCAAUGAACCGACGGCCCAGUGGCCCUAGAAUGCCACCUGCUGCUACAUCUAACGAACUAAUCCCCGAUGUUCCUCAGUUACGUCCUGAAAAUGCUGAAUACAUACCACCCCGACAAGCGUGGAAACAGAAGCAAGAAGAUGUGCAACAGCAACAGGCCCAGCAACAUGUCCAACAUGAUUAUUACCAACCACAAGUGCAGUCAGAGUUGGAACCUGAAUUGUCACGACCAACUCAGUCGCCACCACACACGCAGCGCAGAAGACCUAGCGACAAUUAUCGACAAUUCUACACUGAAGAUGAACAAAACGAGGUGUAUGGAGGUCAAGACGAGCGAACACCUCUACAGCCACCAGGUGCUAAUGAACAAGCUGCAUACAGAGAACCCGGUUCACCAGCUGCUUCUGACACCUCUUCUCACUAUACGAGUAUCAGCCAGCGACCCAUUAACCCACAAUUCUACCAGCCACAGCGUGGACCCGACCGUUCAGAGCUUGUACUGGAAAACAACCCAGACUUCAACCUAGGUCUACCGACAACCAGUAGGAAGAAGAAUAAUGGUGGACCUCGAGGCCCACGGGGACCUGCAGGCAGGUCCAACAGACUCCCCGCUGCUUCCAGCAGCAAUGAGGGACCUUACGGAUUUUCACGAUAG